UGAAUCGCAGAACUUGGCACUGUUCCUUACCACUUCCUGAACUCUUCUUGUUCAACUCUUAUUAAAUUCUUCACGCGUUCCGACAUUCGCCAAGCCAUUCCCUCAUCAUACGACGUGCGCGCUUCACUCGCGACCGACAACACCAACUUUUCAGAUCCUUAUUCUCGUUCCUCCAGCAAUGAAUGUCGCACAAACGAAACAAUACGCUCUCCGCUUUGUGGGGCUCGAGCAAUGGAAGGAUUGGGAUGAUUGCCUGUACCGCGGCGUGAAAUUCACCCCUCCUGGCGGGUCCGCAUUCGUCUUUGCCGCCAGCAAGGAGUCCGCCUCACCUUUCAGACUCUUGUCACCGGUAUCGCCCAGCGAGAGCAGAAGCGCGAGAGCCAAUCCACUCAUACCACCCAUCGAUGCCGCGCGACCCGCGGCCUUUCACUCGUAUCGGACCAUCGCCGGCAAGACGUACGAGUUGUGGUCAAUCGCACAGGCCUUUCCGGAUGCCAUCAUCGGCAGCAGAUCCUUCGUGGUUUUGCUGCCUCACCACGCGUGGCAUAGAAACCUGAAGCGAUAUUGCCCUGGCGCGUUCAGUGUCAUCACCAUGACUCUGGACAGGGGCGAUAAGCUCGAUUCUCGCGCUGGCGGGCGGGACAAUGGCGAAGAGUGGCAGCAAAAUGUGAUCAUCGAUGUCAAAGAGGCGAUUCAAAAGGAAUUGGACCUUGCGAGGGACUGGAACGAGAUCAACGCGGUUCUGCAAGCGCGGAUGGAUGACUUUAUGAAGGUACAUCGCAAUCUCCUAAAAGGCAAGCCUGCACUCGAUCCGGAGCUGCUCCUUUUGAUCAGCAAUUGGAUUGUCCAAUCAUUUGCCGCUGAUACGUACGACAACACCAUCGCAUACAUGGGACUGAACGACAACGUCGACUCAGAGAACGGUCAUCUUUCCCGGCUUUCGGGGGACGAAGGAUCCUCGAGCAAGCGAGGCAGACGUCGCAGCCGCGAGGCCCCACACGGUGCAACGGACCCGUACGUUGAUCGGGAGGACGUCACGCCCUUCCCGGAGAAGGAAUACCCUCCAUCGUCGGAUCGAAACGCGCCUGUGCAUAAUCAACGUGAGCAGCAUGUGAAUGAUGACUGGCCAGACUGGUCCGGUGGAUAUGACGAUGAAAGCAUCAUGUCCAGGACUGAACGGUUGGAGAAACGACUCGAGCAACAAUGCAAUUGAAGCCAGAAACAUAUGCCGACCUGGAAUCCUGAAGUAGCUGCCUUGGAGCGAAUCGUCUGGUCGUUGGAUCAUGGAGCGAUUGGUCAUGGGGAUUCGUGGGAUUGGAUUGUUUUUCCUCCUUGCAGACGCAUUGUCUUGUUUAUAAUUUUGUUCCAAAGCGUUUAGUCAGAUUAUCCUAUACCACAAGUAUAUACGCC